AUGGCGCUCCCCCCAUCCGACAGUCCGUACUCGAAACAGAAACAGCAGCUCGGCCAGAUCACUAGUACUGUCACCCCCUCAGCUCCUCCACCGAGUGGCCUUCCUUCGGUAGGGAUCGGUUCCCUAGCCAGCUUCGUUCGCCCCACCCUCUUCUUCCAUCAGUCGCCGUCGAAGCCUGUUUUAUCCCCUCCUUCCCAUCUCCGGAACAAAAGCCACGGUAUUCAUAAAUAUCUUCUUCCCAAAAUCGUGAACACUGGGCUCGAAUCCUUGUCCUCACGCCUCUGA